CACACGUAACUUUACUGAAGUACCCUCUGAAAAAGUUUAGUUUUGGGAGUAAAACUUGAAUCAAGCUGUUAAACUAAACUAUAUUUGGUUUUGGAACCACUUCAAGCAUAUUCGUAUACACGCGUCUGUUUGUUAUACUCCAUGUAUGACUGAGCGUUAAAACGUCAGUUUAAUCUUGGAAAUGUUCAUCGAUGGAGUGGCGAUUGUAUGGAGACAGUUAGCUCGGGAUGCUAACUAGUCUGCAAGGAAUGCCAAAUGUUUAUGACUGCUAAAAUCUCAGCUGUUUAAAGCAGGCAGCGCUUUCUUCUGUGGGCCAGGCUCUAGUUGCUGUCCAUACUGAAUUCACACUGGCCAGUCUGCUAUCAGCACUCUGAAGGAUUGGUCGCACGUUGGAGUUCAGCAAUUCUUUCCUGAAAACACGAUGGCGAUCAGAAGCUGAGUCAUCUCAACUUGAAGAGUAGAACCGCAACAGUAUGGAAGGCAACGGCGAGAUCAGCGAUACUGAUAGUGGCAUCAUCCUUCAUUCCGGCUCAGACAGCCCGACAUCGCAUACAAAGGAUGUGAACACGCACACGAGAGCCAUGAAGCUCAAGCACCAGGCACUUCAAGAUCGUCUGGAGCUUUGCCUCUUGGAGCUGAAGAAACUCUGCAUUCGUGAAGCGGAGCUGACAGGCCGGCUCUCGGGAGAUUAUCCUCUGCUGCCAGGAGAGAAGCCUCCACAGAUCCGCAGACGCAUUGGAGCUGCUUUCAUGCUCGAUGAGCAAAGCAUACCUCGGGGAGUGGAGGAGUCGGCCCUAAAUCUUGUGGAUGCCGAGUUGGCUCUUCAGUUUAAGAUCUACGAGGCGGCGCGCAAGCUCUGCGAGGAGAACCACCUGAGUAAGGCUGUCCGGAAGAGUCUGUUGGAGCAGUGUAGGCGAGAGGAGAAGAAAGUCAAACAGCUACAAGAGACUGCUUUCCAACUGCGGCUGGAGCACGGCCGAUCCUCACCGCUUCCUGCUUUUAAUAUCCCGCAAAAAGAUCUCGCUGCGUCUGAUGACAGCUCUUUGUCUGAUUCUGUGGUUCAAGAUGAAGAAGUGCAGAGUGAGUCGUCACAGCCGUCCACAGUCCUCCCAUAUUCCGCAGGGAUGGAUUCUUCACAGCCAGCCACUGCGUCUUUUCAAUCUCACACAGACGGUUCCUACCGAUCACCAUCUGCGGGUCCUCAGAACCUGCCCUUGACACCAAGAUCAUCUCCUCAUCCCAGCCUUGACUCAUCCAUGAGUUUUACCUCGAGCCCCGCCUCAUACGACCGGCCUCCUAUCCAGCACUCCCCGUGGUCGGAGACAAGCCUGGAUCAGCCAUACCAGAAGAGCAAGAAGUCACGUUCCUUCUGCAAAGCCAGCCCAGCCAAGAAUGAGUUACUGCCGCCACUGGAGGCUUGCUUGCCACUUUCAGCUCUGCCACAGCAACUAUCCCAUUUGAAACUGAGCCGUACACAGUCCAAUAUCACGUCAUCCAUGUCAGAGAAGCAAGUACACAGGCAGCUCUCCCUCAGGAUAUCCAACCCUGAAUCGUCACUCAAACAAGACAAGGAGCGUGGUCGCCCCAGAGGUCCGAGGAGGCGACUGACCGAUUACAUCAAAACCCCAUCGGAAGCCUCUCCGCUCAUGGUUAACUGUGUAAACCAUGCGGGCUCCGAGGAUAGCAACUCUGAGCACUCGUUUGCAUCCUACAGCAGCUCCCCCAGUCAGGAACUUCUUUGCGAUUUGCCCAAACACUAUCAGGCCUCCUCCCCGCUCGCUGCUCCAUUUGGUAGACCUCAAGCAUCACCACAUGCUGGGUUUUACCACAGUCCCAGGCACAUGCUCAACCCGGUUGUCCACAAAGCCUAUUACAACGAGGAAGCGGUCUACUCUCCGUAUGUGGACAUGCCUUGGAGCUAUUACAGCCAUCAGCCUCCCUGCUCCCCCAGCAGAUAUGAGUGUCGCUACAAAGAGGCUUCUGUGCCCCUGCAGAGAGCACCGAGGCACUUGGCUCCUGAAAGCAGACACUCCCCCACUCCAGCACAAUGGGAUCAUCCACAGUACCGCUCCAACUGCCUCCCACAGCAAGUUGUGAACGAACAGCUGAAGUCGUGGCACCGGCGCAGUCAGCUCAAAGGGCCCAGGUCGCGUUCCCUUGACAGACAGGGAGCGGUCAGGGUGAAAAACAUGGCAGCUCUGGAGGCAAUUCACUAUCCAAAUCAGAAGUACCAGAAGCAGGCCAUCCCAAGAAGAGCUCUUCAAUUACCAACUGAUGACUCUCAAGGACGUUGGCUCGUAGAUGAUGGCACUCACUAUAUGAGUCAAGUAUGACAUCGUGAGACGGACCUCAAUCAGUUUGGACUAAGUGAGAGAAACCGAUUUUAUGUGGACUUUGCUGUUGAAUAAUCAAAUCAACAGAAGUUGGAAUGUUUUGUGAGAAAGGUCACAAAUUUGGAACAUGGACAUGAAUGAUUACAAAUAAUGAACUGAAGGGGCCGAAUAACUUUCAGCACUAUUUUAGCAAUACGUGUCUCCAGUUACGGAUUGCUGAAGUUUAUACAUGUAUGAAGAAUAUGAGCCAGAUCUUGUAAAUUAAUGAUGUGUCCUAAAAUUGUAUGUAGAGUUUUUUUGUUUUUUUUGCUGGAUCAACCAGAAUGCCAGUUUUGCCACUUAAUCAUGUUCUUAAAUUGACAGAAUAGUCUUGUUUACCUGCAAUUAUUUGCUCCUAUGCCUGUUAUCUAGAAACAUGGUAGAAAAGACUUGAUGCAUGGCAGCUAUGUUCUGUACAUUUCAAAUGAAAACAUGUGCGAUUGCAGAUUACAACUGACCAAAUUUUAGUAGCCUACUCCACGUGAAAUAUUGCCAGUGUGUCACAAAGUAGAAGUCGGUAGGGUUUAACUACACUCACUCAAAGCCCUUCACUGUUAUGUAGUGAUUUAUUAUUUAUUCAGCUUAGAAAAUCAACCAAAGUCAGACUUGAAAUCAGUGAAGUUGCCGAGUGAGUUUGUUAAUAUAAGAGACUACAAUCCUGCUUCCUUAUGUGCAUUUUUACUGUCGUAUUUUAAAAUGGAACUCAAGUUGUAUUAUUGUUGCAUAUGUAAGAAUAUUUUCCUGUGGAAUAAAGAUGUUUUUACAAUCUUUA